UUCGAAGCCCAUUAUCGGGUAUAACACAUCCCUAAUCAUCACCUCAGGGGGUAAUUAUUAUUGGGAGAGUUUGUAACAUAAAAGACCUCAAAACUGAAAGAAUAAUCAGAUAGGUGCACAUGCCACAUACAUUCUAAAAUUUUAAGACGAUACAACAAAGUCUGGUCGUAUUUGCUAUAAUCUGGAAAUAAAGCUUCUUGCAACAGAUAUAAUAAGAUUUGACAUGAUUUAAGAAUUAAAUACAAAAACUAGCAACGGUAUAAAAUUGCUCUUCUUGUAUACGACUAUACGUAGUGGAAACAGGCCCAUGUGAAAUAUUAUGUAUGUUGGCUCAAAUAUUCAUAUUUAAUUGUCAGGUUGAUUAAAAAAAAAUGAACCUGUAACGUGUAUAAAUAAAGAACUGAGUUAAAUAUCAGAACAGAAUAAUAACAUAAUAAUGGUGGUGCAGACUACAAUCAAAAAUUCGGACGAGACCGAAAAAAGUUAUGAUGUGAAAGUGCAACUUCCCGGCCAAGAGUCAGCCGUUGCCAAUGGAUACGAGAUUACACAGAUUGGAAAACAUUCUCGCGUGAAACAGUUUAAGAAGAAUUGGGGAAGCUCAGCAAGUCUAAUUUUGAAUAUUGCCCUUAUAAUUACUGUUUUCAUCCUUGGUAUUUACAUCAUCAACCUAAACAAAAAAUUGGAAAAUAUGAGAAAUAGAGAAGAUGAAAUCGAAUUGAAACCCCAGAAAAUGGUUGACCACGAAAAAAGUGUUGAUCUAUCGGCAAGUGUUGAUGAUGCUGACCACGAAAAACUUCACCAGAUGGACAGGAGCUAUGGAGCCAAUCAAUGGUUUGGGAGAGUCCGUCUUGUUCUUAUCAUAACCAGAACGUAUGAUGAUUGUCCUGAUGACUACCUUCUCAAUUAGAUGUCAUCAAACAUAAAUAUUAUUUAGCAUUGUUGUUGAUGUAGUUAUUAUUUUUGUAUAUAAUUUUUGGUCAGAAAUAAGGCCAUUUUGAGGUUGUACUGAGCUCCGCAAGAUCAAAAUAUUGUUCAUUAGUAUUGCCUGUGAUUUAUUUUUGGUUUAUCAGUUAUUUUUACGGGAACAAACUUAUGUGAUAUAAUUGCGUAAUGUUAAAAUAUGAAUUCCAUAAGUUGCACUCUUGAAUAUACUUGUCAUUUUGUAAUAAAUAAUUGCAUUGUAUAUAUAAGCGUCAUUUUCUAGAAAAAAUUUGAGAUGAGCAUAUGAAGAAAGUUCUAUUGUCAUUAUCGGGAAAACAUCUAUUAUGCGCCCAAUAUGAAAUCAGAAACAUUUUGUGUAAUAUUUCCAUCAAUGAAUUCCAAUAAUUCAUUCACUGUAUUGCAAGUUACAGACAAGUUAUCACGCAAUUGUGGUGAUAUUGAGUAUAAUUGUGUUAAAUUGUGCGAUCUUAAUUUCCCAUUGAAGACGUUUGAAAUGCUAUUUUUGUAAUGAUUGCUCAAUAUUGAGCAAAAAAUUUACUAAUUAUAUUUAAAUGUAAUAAUAAAGGCAAGAAAAACGGUUCG